AAGAAGAAAUCCAAGAACAAGAAAAGAGACAACAAAACGACCAACCUGCUCAGAACACCACCCCACGUCAACCCGUCCNACCUGUCAACAGCCCUCCCAUCGCGAACCAUGGCCGAGUCACAGAGAAACGAGCCCGGUAUCUCCGAAAGAAGAGGCAUCAGAUGGUUUAAACUCGAAGAGCCAACUUCCACGUUGGUCCUGACCGGCUCCAAAGGACAGUUUGUCGAUAUUCGCAUCUUCUGCAAGCCCGGAGAGGCAUUGCCUAACGAAGUCAUCGACGGACCGUCACUAGAUCAUCCAUCCAAUCCACCUCCACCAACAGAUGGCUCCUCAAGGUCUGUCUGCCAUUCUACGUUCUCGCAUUGGAUCGAUAGCCGCACCGAUACUCCUGGACCUGAUCAGGGUGAUAUGUAUCCCCAACCCAACAACACGACCCUUGAACUCGGCGCAAUGUACAACCCUCUCACAAACUCAGAGCAAGCCUAUGAAGAACUCUGGGUUGACUACUCUGCCUCUGCCGUAGAAGGGACACGCUGGAGUGUCGUUAUCGAUCUAGACGAUCCCGAACACAAUGCAAAAGGACGUGUCGUUCGCGUAGGAGAAUAUUGUCAAGGUAUACUCAAGGUCGGCGAGCAUGUGACUGUAGAGCGCUGGGGCUUUGAAGUAUCAGGAAAGGACAGCAAAGGUGAUUGGAAACGCCUUGCUAGGUUGGGCAAUCUGUUCUUGCCCGUCUCACUGGCAUUCACACCCGAGCGAGUGAUCGAGGGAAACAUUCUGACCUAUGGAGAUUACACAUGGGUCGUCAAGGAGGUGUAUUCAUGGUGA